GGGAGCGCUUCUCUAGCUGUGAGAUACAACUUAAUAAUUAGCAAAGUGUCUACAUGGGCGAACGCGUACAUAUGGAACACACUAACAACAAAAAAUGUAUAUAUAGAAGUGUACGAAUUCCUGCACAGGACAUUGUCUAAUGUCGACUAUUGGCAGCCAACAUUGAGAACCGCUACGGCAACAGGACAAGUAAUCGAAAGUGGUUUCAAAGCGUUUGUACACACUUUCAUUCGCAAGCCAGAUUAACACACGGAUGGUGUUUGCUUCGGAGGAAAAGUGACAGUGUAAAAAAUAGAAAAACAUUGAAAAUAGCAAUUAAUAUUAUUUUGUGUUUUAAAUUAAAAAUCGAUAAACUAAAAAGUUACAUAUCAGUAAAAUCAUGCUGCUUAAGGAAAGACGUAUCGCCACACAAAUUGUGCACUGUCUUCUAGUAUUUGUAUUAGUGUCGCUUUGUGAUAGCCUGCAGCUGGGCGCCUUCACCACCAAAACGCCCAGGGUUACCAAGUACACGACGAAGCCAGCAUCGUCCUCCUCAAUGAAUCACGAUGCUACAACAUCUAUUUAUCGGCUCAAUGCCACAAAUGGAAUCACCUGCAUUUUGGUUAGUGUGGAUGGCCUCAUCAGUAUUAAGUAUCGGAAUAAGUUGAACGAAGAUGUUGAGGCAGAUCUCUAUCUACCCGAUGAUCCAAAACUCACUGGCGAGUGUGUGGAAUCCAAUAUGGAAAUAUUGAGAUUAGACUUCAAAGGAUUCGUUCUGACAAUGACUUUCCGAAAGUCAUCUGGUGGCGAAGGAUGGUACAUAAAUCAAUUCGAACUCACCUAUUCUUCAUCGAAUUCGCUUUUUGAACAUCCUGAUCGCCCAAAUCUGGAUGUGAAACUUACCUCACCGAUACACACGCCAAUGUACUUUCCAACGCCCGUCGGCAAGUCUUACGUUUGUGACAAGGAGCAAAGCGUCGUAUUGUAUGCACCCAUAGAUUCCGGUGACAUGUCGGGGCACAUUGCGCGCCUCUACCUGCGUGACUUGCACAUGCAAAGCUUCAUGUUUAAGGAAAGCGGCAAGUGGGGCCCGCCGUUCCAUUGCAGCGCAACGGGAUCAUAUCGUGAUGAGACGGCACCACUAGCGGUGGGCACCGCCUUAGCGAUAGCGGUACUAAUUACUAUAUCCGGCUACGGUGGUUGGCGCUACUUCAAAAUCAAGAAAGUCCAAUAUGGUUCUAUGGAGUAAGGAGGAUCUGGACAGAAAAUGAAACUUGCAUACAAUUUGGUCGCUGUCUUAAUGGAUUCGUGUAAGAUAAUUCAGUUCUUUAACAUGCAGCCUUACAAAAGUUGACGAAACAUAAAGUAAAGUGUUCCGCUUGCGAAAAACGUUGUACAUAUCUGGUUAUUAUUCGUAAUUUAUGUCAAAUGUAAAAUAUUUCUUUUUCAAAUUGAUAUGUCUAAGAACAAUUAUCUGUGUAUUCAAAUAGCAAACGGUAAGGAAAUGAAAAAUGCCAUGUAGCAAGUAAUUAGAAAGCGAACAUUAAAUGCGAUUAAAUUAUGAGAAUUGCAAAAAGUCUUCCAUUAUUGUUAAAUAAAUACAAACCACAAACAAAAACAACAAAUUUAAAAGUGUAGUAAAAAUGUAUGCGCACUACAGUGAGCAUAUAACCGCAUAUGCAUGAUAUAUAUAUAUAUUAAUCUACACAUACAUACCUGCACGUAUGUACAUGAGAGUGAAAUUCUUAAUUUUUUUUUUUUGGUUAAAAUUAUGCGAGAAAAUUAUAAUAAGGCAAGUUUAACAAUUUAAUGUAACUAAAAAGCAAUUUUCUCAUGCAUUUUAAUAAAAUUAACUAAAUAAGUAUAUAUUUUCUAUUUGAUUGACAAAAUCGGACAUAUUAAAUCUGAAAUCUUAACUUUCUCAAAUUCUAUAUCGAUUUUUAUUGCAUAUUAAAUUAUAGUAAAAUUGCACAAAAAUCUCAAAGAAAUCUUAAUGUUGUUAACAUGUAACAAAUAUGGUAUAAAAAUCCUACAUAUAUGUAUAAACAUACAUAUAGCAUGUUUAACGUUGGCCACACGUUAAAAUAUUAAUGAUGGUCUAAAGCAGUUUGGAAAUUUGACGUUACUGCUGCCGAAAAAAUAGUUAAAAUUUUGUUAGAAUAAUUGACAUUUGAACUGUAGAGUGGCGCAACAACAAAAAAUAAAAUUGUGAAUUAUUUUAAUUUUAAUUUUUAAAAUAUUAAUGAUGGCCUAAAGCAGUUUGGAAAUUUGACGUUACUGCUGCCGAAAAAAUAGUUAAAAUUUUGUUUUAGAAUAAUUGACAUUUGAACUGUAGAGGGGCGCAACAACAAAAAAUAAAAUUGUGAAUUCAUUUUCAUAAACAUUUAUGUUUUUUUAAGAAAACCUGACAGCUUAUGCGUUAUAUAAAUAUAAUAUAAACAAAAAUGAAUUUAAGGUUUAUUUUAAUAGAAAAAUAUAUCAAUAUGAAUACGAAGAUAAGCUUAAGAUAUAUUAUCUAGCAGAAAUAUGAACUAAAUGCCUGACAAAGCGCAUUGAUUGGAAAGCUAAUCUAGACAACUUGCUGAAGUGUUAGUUUUGAAUUAAAAAUAAUUGAAUUUUUGCUGCCGAGUUUUGGAAAAAACACAUAUUAUAUAUAUACUUAAAUACUUUCCAAAUGCAUAUAGAAUAAAUACAUAUGCACACUAAAGUGUAUGCAGCAAAUGCGAAACAUAAAUAUGUACCUUGAGCAUAUCAAAUACCUAAUAUCAAAACUAUGUACCGUUGUUAGUUUUUAGCAUAUUUAUUUUAUUGCUUUCUUGUUGUAACUUGGUAAUUGAACGGCUGGAUUGCAAUGCUACAAAAACAACCAACGGCAAAUAUCGAUUAUAACGAGCUGCAUGCGAGUUGGUAUAUAAUCUGGCCAAUAGACGACAGACAUUUGCAAUGCGUGAGCAGUUGCAUGAAAAUAUCAUUUCAUAUAUGCACACACAUGUACACAAAGCAUUUUUAUUGUAAAUACUAGCGUACAUUGUUGGGUUAAAGAGAUUGUUAUUAUAAUUGAUUAUAUAUACACACACAUAAAUGAAAUAAAUAUAGUAUAUCAACUACUUAUCAACAUA